UACUUUCCCCAAGGCCGGCUCGGCUCAACGUGGGGGGGGGCGGGGCGGGGCGCGGAGCGCGCAUGCGCCACAGCGCCAGCGCUCUCCCCGGAUAGAGCGGGGCCCGAGCCUCUCCGCUCUGGAGGUUCCGCUCUUGCUCUCGCUCUCCCGCCGCCAUGUCGGCAACCAUCGAACGGGAGUUCGAGGAACUGGAUGCUCAGUGUCGUUGGCAGCCGUUAUACUUGGAAAUUCGAAAUGAGUCCCAUGACUAUCCUCAUAGAGUGGCCAAGUCUCCAGAAAACCGAAAUCGAAACAGAUACAGAGAUGUAAGCCCAUAUGAUCACAGUCGUGUUAAACUGCAGAGUACUGAAAAUGAUUAUAUUAACGCCAGCUUAGUUGACAUGGAAGAGGCACAAAGAAGUUACAUCCUAACACAGGGGCCACUUCCUAACACAUGUUGCCACUUCUGGCUCAUGGUGUGGCAGCAAAAGACCAAAGCAGUUGUCAUGUUAAACCGAACUGUAGAGAAAGAAUCGGUUAAAUGUGCACAAUACUGGCCAACAGAUGACCGAGAGAUGCUGUUUAAGGAAACAGGAUUUAGUGUGAAACUCUUAUCUGAAGAUGUGAAGUCAUAUUAUACAGUACAUCUACUGCAGUUAGAAAAUAUCAAUAGUGGUGAAACCCGAACUAUAUCUCACUUUCAUUAUACCACCUGGCCAGAUUUUGGAGUUCCUGAGUCACCGGCUUCAUUCCUCAAUUUCUUGUUUAAAGUUAGAGAAUCUGGCUCCUUGAACCCAGACCAUGGACCUGCAGUGAUCCAUUGUAGUGCAGGCAUUGGGCGCUCUGGCACCUUCUCUCUUGUAGACACCUGCCUUGUUCUGAUGGAAAAAGGAGAGGAUGUUAAUGUGAAACAAGUAUUACUGAAUAUGAGAAAGUAUCGCAUGGGACUUAUCCAGACGCCAGACCAGCUCAGAUUCUCCUAUAUGGCUAUAAUAGAAGGAGCAAAGUACACACAAGGAGAUUCAAAUAUACAGAAACGGUGGAGAGAACUUUCUAAAGAAGAUUUGUCUCCUGUUUGUGAUCAUUCGCAGAACAGAACAAUGACUGAAAAGUACAAUGGGAAGAAAAUAGGUUCAGAAGAGGAAAAACUAACAGGACUUUCUUCUAAGAUGCAAGAUAAUGUUGAAGAGAACAAUGAGAGUAUUCUACGGAAACGUAUUCGAGAGGACAGAAAGGCUACUACAGCUCAGAAGGUGCAGCAGAUGAAACAGAGGCUAAAUGAAACUGAACGAAAAAGAAAAAGGUGGUUAUAUUGGCAACCUAUUCUCACUAGGAUGGGGUUUGUGUCAGUCAUUUUGGUUGGUGCUUUGGUUGGAUGGACACUGUUUUUUCAGUGAAAUAUCCUAUAUAAAUAAACAGUUUUACCCAGCACCUUUCUGCACUAGUAGCUGACAGUGCUGUAUUAAUCUCAAGGGUUUGUUAGCAAAUGCCUCCUACCCCAAAAAUGUUGCAGUAGACUAGACAUCAACCAGAUAAGGGAUAUUUACAGUCACAAGCCCAACAUCUCAGGACUCAGCACUGCAGGUUCCUCUGAGACCUAAACUGUCAAUGACUCAAAGACAAACAUCCUUGUUGAAUUGUUACAUCUUACAUCUGUGUUCACACAUCGAGCAUCAUGUUUCACUGACAGUAUGGAGAAAUCCUUUAUCACAAGGAUUGGCUUUUGGAGGCUUUCUGGAUUUUAACCUGCACUUGAUAUAAGCAAUAAAUAUUGUGGUUUUUUCUACAUUAUUAAUGGAAAGAAAAUGAUGUGUGUAAUAUGUAAUGUACUGUUGGAAUGGGCAUUACAACUUUAUAUGCUUAACCAUUUUAGGGUAAAUAUAUUUUAUAAGUACCUAUUUAAUCUUUUUGUAGUUAAAUGUACUUUAAAAGUUCAAUUUGAAAAUCUGUUACCAUAGAAAAAUAAAUUGUAUGUUGACUCAGUUGUAUACUGGAUACAUUUUCCCUUUCCUAGGCAGAUGUUCAUAGAGGCAGUUGAAACUGAGCAAGCUAUUUCUACUACACGUUUUUUUUUUUUUUAAUUUCUUUUGUAUUUUAUGGUUUAUUUUAAAAAGAAAAGAAAACAGACAAAAAAAUUUUUAAACAUGUCAUUGAAGGAAAAUUCUCCUUUUUGGGAUAGUCAUUUGACAGUUGGUCAAGACUUAGUUUUUAAAAAAAAAAUCAAAAAGUUAUUUUCUGCAGGAUGUGAUGGCACGCAUGGUGCUCAGGCAGCUAAGGCGAGAGGCUCAAAAGAUUGAAGCCAGCCAAGAUUGUAAAUUUUUAAAGCAGGUUUCUGUCUUUAAAAAUAAAAGUAAAAAAGGAGACAGUGGAUGGGAGGUCAGAAAACAAGAAGUCUCAGCACUUGGGAGAUACAGGUAGAAGGACCACAAGUUCAAGGCCAGCCAGGACUGCAAGAAAAACUGUCUCAAAAACUGAAGUGAUUAGCAGAAAAGAAAUUGAUAUCUGUAAAGUAAAGCCCAUGCAUGACUUACACUGUUCUUUUAUUUUUUUCCUUUUUUUGUGAAAAUGUUAAUGUAAUUACCCGAACAGGGUAACUUAUGAUUAGUAAGGAAAAGGAGCCAGUGUUUUAUAUUUAAUGAUUUCAGCUCAUUAGACUGAAAUUUUGAAGUAAAAAAAAAAAUCAAGUUUUUUUCUAAGUUCAAUAAAUAGUAUGUUGGUGUA